UUGCCCGCGAGUCGCGACCCUGCUCCCGGGGUGCUGCUGAGGCUUUUGUUUAGCUAGCGGAGGCGGCCGGAAGCGCCGGCAAGGAGGGAACCCCGCCCCGGAGCGGAUGAUGGCUGAUCUAAGAGAAACCAUCACAUGAAGCUUGCACAGUAUGUCAGAUAAAACUUUUACUGAUCUGUACCUCUGAUGAAGUAUCAAGUGUCAAACCAAGAAUAUAACCCAGCCAGUAGAAGUGAGUUAAGAAAACCAGAGUAAUUAAUGCCUAGGUAGCUUGAUGGAUCUCACUUCAAACCAAAGUUAUCCUUCAACCAAAGCAAGAAAGGGACUAUGCACAACCUGAACACAGAAUGCCAUUCCUAAAUAACUGAAGCGUGAAGAAACCCUCAUGAAUAUCAACCACGGAGAUCCGGAGAGCAUCACUGAUGUCUGCUCCAAUGAGGACCUUCCUGAAGUAGAACUGGUGAACAUGCUGGAAGAACAGCUACCACAGUAUAAGCUGCGAGCGGACACUCUGUAUCCAUAUGACAACCAAGACUGGCUCCAGGCCCCCUCCCGCUAUAGCCAUGUCCCCCAAACCAUCUCUCCUGUCCUUGCUGAGGAGACCUUCCGUUACAUGAUUCUCGGCACAGACAGAGUGGAGCAGAUGACAAAAACCUACAAUGACGUUGACAUGGUCACACAUCUGUUAGCUGAGCGGGAUCGGGACCUGGAGCUAGCAGCUCGAAUUGGACAGGCCCUUCUUAAGCGGAACCAUGCCCUGACAGAACAGAAUGAAGUACUAGAAGAACAACUGGGACAAGCCUUUGACCAAGUUAACCAGCUGCAGCAUGAACUAUCGAAGAAAGAUGCGUUGCUUCGUAUUGUUUCAAUUGCUUCUGAGGAAAGUGAGACAGACUCCAGCUGCUCUACACCACUUCGGUUCAAUGACUCCUUCAACCUGUCGCAUGAUCUUUUGCAGCUGGAUGUCUUGCAGGACAAACUCAAGGAACUGGAGGAGGAGAACCUGGCUCUCCGAUCAAAGGCUUGUCAUCUAAAGACAGAAACCAUUACAUAUGAAGCGAAAGAGAGGGAGUUGGUCAGUGACUGUGUCAAAGAGCUCCGGGAAACACAUGCUCAAAUUGCCAGAAUGACAGAAGACUUAUCAGGAAAGAGUGAAGAGCUGAUUCGCUAUCAGGAAGAGAUCUCAACCCUCUUGUCUCAGAUUGUUGAUCUUCAGCAUAAACUCAAAGAGCAUGUGAUUGAAAAGGAGGAGCUGAAACUUCACCUUCAAGCUUCCAAAGAUGCCCAGAGACAGCUGACAGGAGAGCUGCAUGAGUUACAGGAUCGGAAUGCAGAAUGUCUCGGGUUGUUGCAUGAAUUACAAGAAGAAGUGAAGGAGCUGCGCAGCAGAGCCAGCCCUGCUGCACAUCUCUGCCGCCCCCCGUCAUGUGGGACAUUUCCUUUGGAUUCCCUUGCAGCAGAGAUUGAGGGGACAGUGCGGAUGGAGCUGAUUCUAGAUGAAGAAUCUGCUCUCGAUAAACAAAAGGUUCAGCAGAAACGGGUGUUUGAUACUGUCAAGGUUGCUAAUGUUACACGUGGUCGCUCUUCUUCAUUUCCUGCCCUACUACCAAUCCCUGGAUCUAAUCGUUCAAAUGUUAUCAUGACCGCAAAGCCCUUUCAGUCUGGCCUACAACAAGUGGAGAGCAAGGCACAUCUGAACCAGAGGAGCAGCUCCAACGAAAUCUCAAAGGACAACCAAAAGCUGGGCCAGCCUGGAACCCCUGGAGACAAUGAUUUAGCUACAGCUCUGCACACACUUUGCCUCCGUCAGCAAAACUACCUGAGUGAAAAGCAGUUCUUUGAGGAGGAAUGGGAGCGUAAAAUGCAUUUGCUGGCUGACCAGAAAGAAGAGGCUGGGGGCUGUUGCACACCAACAGAGAGUUGUCUGUCCAUGGGUACAAAGUCAGAAUUCACUGACUUCUCUGCGGGCUCUCUCUGCCUCCGCGCGCUCCUGCCAGAGAAAUUACAAAUUGUUAAACCUCUCGAAGGAUCUCAGACUCUGUUCCACUGGCAGCAGCUUGCUCAACCCAACCUAGGUACCAUCCUCGACCCACGGCCAGGUGUUGUCACAAAAGGCUUUACACCAUUACCUCAGGAUGCCGUCUAUCACAUCUCUGACUUGGAGGAAGAUGAGGAAGAAGGGGAAGGAGGUAUAACAUUUCAAGUGCAACAAUCCUUUCUGGAGGAAGGGAAACAUGCAGUGCCAAAGCCAGAGGCAGGGAUCUUCCUGCCACCUAUUACUUCAGCAACAGUGCCACUCGCUGCCUCAAAUCCAGGAAAGUGUCUCUCCUCCACAUACUCCACAUUCACCUUCACUACCUGUAGGAUCCUUCACCCCUCUGAUGUCACUCAGGUUACCCCCAGCUCCAUGUACACUCCAUUAUCAUUUGGAAGUAGUGGCAACAGUACUGGCAAUACAACGGUGAGCUCUCCAGCCUUGUCCUGUAGGCUUAGUAUUGGAGAAUUCCUCACCAACAGAAGUGACUCUUCCACCACCUUGAGCACCACCACCAGUCUGGCUAAACUCUUGCAUGAACAAGGCAUCUCUGCCAAAGUUUGUGAUAGCCCCAUGCCAGAAAAGCUGCCUAUACUACAGCCCCUACGAACCCUUCCCAUUCCCUCCACUCCCCCAAAUUCUCCCUCACACUCACCUUGUUCUUCCCCUCUGCCUUUUGAGACUCGAGCGCAUCUCUCUGAAAACUUUCUGGCAUCACGACCAGCUGAAACAUUCUUGCAGGAGAGGUGUGGCCUGAAACCAUCCCAUAACCCUCCUAACCUAGACCAAUUGAAGAUGAACCUGGUGGACAGGCUGAAGAGGUUGGGUAUUGCCAGAGCAGUCAAACCCCCUGAGACAGGGGACCAGGGAAAAAAUCAAAGGCCAGAAAUUGGCCUGCAGAGGCAGGACUCAGCUGUGUUUUUACAUGCAGGUAGCAACCUGAUGGGUGGACUAAGAAGAAAUCAGAGUCUUCCAGUCAUGAUUGGGGCACUUGGAGCUCCAUUUUGUACAUCCUCAUCAAAAAUGGGUAUCUUAAAGGAAGACUAA